CAAGUCUCUACCAUAGCAAAUUACAGAAAGACCAUGUUUCGUGGAAAAGCUCCUUUCCUCCUAAGAACUGCGAUCCAAAGAAAUUCUGCUUUGGAGAAAAAGUCAUUAUGUUUAAGUAGCAGCUUUCCAAAACGGUUCAAUCAAACGAGUUCAGUUUUCCGAGCAAAAGCUGCUCCUUCAUGGAGCCAACUAGCAUCCAUAUUAUCAGGGGCAGCCGGUCUAUCAUUGUUUUUUGGAUUUUACCUCAAUAAAAAGGUGUUUAAUGAUUCAAAACCCGACUCAGAUAACGGAGCCUAUGUUGGAGAGCAUGUCCGAACAGAAACUCAGGCUUACAAUGAACCGUAUAUGCAACAACAUCGCAUUGAAGAUUCAAUUGAAGCAAAAUUAGACGAAAAGAAGAAAGAGAUGGUAGAAAAAGCAUGGAAACCUAAAACACCAGAAGAACAAAGCAAUAAUGAUCCAAAACAGCUUGACUCUGAUGCCAGCGUCUACUCCGAUGAUGACGUUCCUGAGCAGGAGACUUCGACUGAGCAAGGUAACAUAACCAAGCAGCUAGAAGAAGUUGAAGAAGAAGGCAGUGAAGAAUCCGCCUUUGAUCCUGAAACCGGAGAAAUUAACUGGGAUUGCCCUUGUUUGGGGGGAAUGGCUCAUGGUCCCUGUGGGGAAGAGUUCAAGGCCGCCUUUAGUUGCUUUGUCUACUCAAAAAGUGAGCCUAAAGGCAUGGAAUGUCUUGAAAAAUUUCAGGCUAUGCAAACCUGUUUCCAACAGCAUCCUGAUGUCUACAAAGAUUUGACUACUGAAAAAGAAGAAGGAGAAAGCAGCGAAGUUCCUGCAAAGGAUGCAGCUUCUUCGAAUGAUAAACCUGUUAGUAACGAUGAAGUCAAGGAAAUUUCUACUUCAAACACAAGUCCAGCUAAGGAUGAUUCCUAAGUUCACGAAAAGAGUUUAUAUACGCCUUGUUGGUGUGGUAUUAUAUACAAUGAGUUUUGAAGAAAAAAACAGCGAUACGAUCAUUAUGUAUUUUCAUAGUGUUGAAUACAUGAAGCUUUAGUAUUAGCUUUGCAUAAGGGAUAGGUGACUAUAAACUUUAAUAAACAGUAUUUUCUUUUCUUGCCAUUUAGGAAAACGAGACGCUAAAAAUAGCCAACUUUACAGAGUACGACUUAUGGUAAUGAAUGACCGAUUGCGCUUUGUUUUACAAGCUAAGUGUCAACAGAUUCAGACCGUUGACCAUUAGCUUGAGCAAUCAACCUAUAAGUUUGCA